AUGGAUCAUCUCCCACCAUUAUCACUUGAACUGCAACACUUGACGCCGCGCCUGAUCGUCCCGGGCGUCGCGGCGCCGUCGGCCACGCUCGCCGUGCCGGCCACGCCGUCGCCCAUCCCCCCGCUCCCCAACUCGCUCACCUUGUCCCCGACCAGUAACUACCCGGGCCCCUUCGGCAACGCGAGCCUGGGCGAGCAUCUCCGCGCGGGUGUGCGCCUGGUGAAUACCUCCCAGACACCCGUACGCGGCGCCAAGAUGAUGGUCGAGGUGCAGUCCCCGCAGGGACGUCACCGGCUCGGCGAGGUGAUACACGGCGCUGCCGAGAGGGAGGCCGGCACCGAGCCCAGUCACGCAGAGAGUAAAGCCUGGGACGACCUGCCGGCCCUGGAGCCCGGAGAGGGAGUCGAGGUGGCGGGCUCGCAUGAGAUUGCCGAGAUGGGCCAGCACAUCUUCAUCUGCAGCGUGGCCUGGGAGACGACAGAGGGGAGGAGGACGUUCCAGCGUUUCCUCAAGUUCACAACGCGCGUGCACACCCCGACGCACCCCAAUGCGUCGCACACUCACCGCCGGGGCGACGUCUACCUCGAGGUGCUGAUGCAGAAUGUAUCGCCCAGCGCGAUGCUGUUUGAGAGCGUCGUCCUCAACCCCGUCCCCGGUCUGGUGGCUCGCAGUAUUGGCGUGGGAGAAGCCGCAGCGGCGGGCGUGGUGGAUCUCGCAGACGACGAGUCGUCCAACGACCCACCCUCGCUCUUGCCGUCGGACACUAGCCAGCGGCUAUUCGUCCUAUCGCCUACGGACGAUGGCAGCUACGUGCCCGUCUCACCGCCCACGGACGCCGCGGAAGUAGCUGCUCUGGAGACGACCAACUCGCUGCCCCUCUCGGCGUUCCCUCCAAACUAUGCGACGGGUACGGUCCUCCCUCUGGGCCGACUGGACAUUGCCUGGGUCGCAGGACAGUAUCGCGAGCGCGGCAGAUUCCAGACCAGCAUGCUAAACCGUCGAACCCCUGCAGCCCCCAUUGCCCCGCUCAGCCGCCCCGGUACACCUGUAAGGCAGGUUAUCGGUGCUGGCGCACUACCGGGUUCGGCGCGUAACUCGCUCCUCAGGCCCCUCCCGGCGUGGGACUUUGACUUGACGGUCGACAGCCUGCGGUCCGUCGCGGCCGAAGACGAGUUUACCGCCAAGCUCUCCAUCGCUGUCCGCUCCAACCCCGUGACAGACGAGAGUGCCAGCCCACCACCUCCCCUGCAGCUUGGUAUCCAGCUUCUCUCGCCGGCCUCAAUCUCACCCCCGUCAGUCCCUUCGUUCCAUGUCCGCCCGCCCAGUCGCGUCGGCACGCCGACUCGUCCGGCCUCUCCUGCACCCGUGGCGCGUUCGCCCGCCCCCUCAAGGCCAAUGACACCGGUCAGCGCACAGUUGAGGCACGCGGCAGUGUCCAACAUUGCGUCUCCAUCCCUGUCCCCCACUCCCGUCUCGUCAUUCACCCCGCCGCCACCUCCGCCCGCUACUGCCUUCCCGCCUGCGCCGGUCGGCGGGAUCACGACCAAGCGCGGUGCACACCUGCCGCCAACAGGCAAGGUCGUCGCGCUGGGCGCGUCCCUCGUCGCUCCCUCGCCCGCCGAGUGGGUCCUCACUCGCGAGCGUGCCGGAACGACAUAUGCCGCCGAGGCCCCCGGCACGACUGUGCAUCGUCGUUGGGAGGCGCGGUACGAGAUUGACGUAAAGUUCCUGGCACUCAAUGAAGGCCUGGCAGAGCUGGGUGGGUGCAGGGUGCUCCUCAUGGACGAGGGGAUGACCGGUAAGGAAUGGGACAGCCUGGGUGAUGUCUGGGUUGUCGACGAGUAG